AUGGAAAUGAACGCACAAGCAAAUCAUAUUGCAUGGUGUCAUUUACAUUGCAAAUACCUGUACGGUUGUAAAUCGUACAAGAGGCUUCGUGGACAGGUGGAAGCACUUCAAAAGGAAAUGGCUGAGUUGAGAACCCUGAUCCAAGAGUGUUCCUGGAAACCGGUGCAUAAAGAGCAACCACGGAAAUCCUCACCAUCUCCGCAGCUACCACAACUUUUGGCCGAGCUCGAAGGUCGUUUAAUGAGACAAAUGGGCGAAUGUCUUAGUGCGAGACUCGCCAACCUGGAGCCUCGCCUAAAUGCGGAACCAAAAAUUCGACCACCAUUAGCAGCGGAUCCGAUUACAACUGGGGACUCUACGCCGAAGAGCAUAGGAGGAGACUCGCUAGAGCAGAAGCGGAAACCUAGGAAAAGAAGGAAACUGCGGGGACUUGAUGCUAACAAUGCACCCGAUGCCCUAAGUGCGCAGAUUCCACCAACCCAGAGCAACCCGGAGGCCACUGGCGAGCAGGAGUGGAAAACAGUGACCAGGAAGCGCAAACAGGCCAAGAAGGGGAAUGCAACUAGCAAGGAUACCCCAACCGCUAGCAUCGUAAAGCCCGCAGCAACGACUGUUCAACGGCCACGAGUCAAGCUGAAGGGCCCAAGAUCUACGGCCGUUGUACUUACGAUCACUGAGAAUGAACAGGCAAUGUCUUACGCCUCCGUACUACGUGAGGCAAAGGAAAAAAUUAAUUUGAGUGAUCUGGGCAUUGAAGCCGUCAAGUUUAAACGGGCGGUGACGGGAGCGGUGAUCUUAGAGCUACCUGGAUCACACAGUGGAGCCAAGGCCGAUGCCCUUGCCAGGAAAUUGAAGGAUAUCUGUCCUAGCGGGGUGAACGUGUCGCGACCUGAAAAGUGUGCCGAGGUUCGAGUGGCUGGCCUUGAUGAUUCAGUCACGUCAGACGACAUCAAAAUGGCUAUAGCGGAGAAGGGUGGCUGUAACCGGGAGCAAAUAACGGUGAGUGAGGUUCGGCCGGACAGGACUGGUUUGUUUGGGGCCUGGGUCCGUUGUCCGAUCGUUGCGGCUAAACAAAUUUCGGAGGGUCGACUGCUCAUAGGCUGGGUCGCAGCUAGGGUUACUAUCCUGGAACGCAGAGAUAUAAGGUGUUACCGGUGCCUUCAAAACGGGCACGUAGCCAGCAGGUGCACAUUUGGUACGGAUCGUAGCGGUCUCUGCUACCGCUGCGCACAACCAGGUCACCGGGCCGCGACUUGCGUGGGCAAACUUAUGUGCGUCCUUUGCCAGGAAGCGGGCCGAAAGGCUGACCAUCGGCUGGGGAGUGCUAAAUGUCCGGCCCCUAGCGCCAAAGUUGCAAGAAGAGAGAGGCCGCGGCACAACAACGUUCCGAACGAGUCAGCCCCACCGGACGGGGAACCAAUGCACUUAGAUGGAAACGUGAAUGCCUAG